AUGAAGCACCCUGGACCGGCUGAAGAGAAGAAUAAACCUGGGAGGAAAGGCAGUGGCCGAAGGGACCAGGCUUGCCUAAACCACACGCAAGAAGAAAUGGAUAACGCGGCCUUCGAGGGAAGUGGAGCCGCCCUGCACGAGCCAGUCGUCCGGCGAAGGGCUCUGAUCCAAAGGAGUUUGCGGCUGCAGCCUGAGGAGCAGCGGUUCUUGGAUGCGGUGCGGGAUGGCGACAUACUCGGACUGAGAUCGGUGCUUCAGGCGCACCCUUUGCUGGACGUGAACUGCUGUGACAUGCGUGGACUGCGGGCACUCGAGGUGGCCGCUCAGAACGGCGACGUCGAGCUGAGUGUUGAGCUGCUCAGGCUACGCGCACUGGACGCUGACCACGUGCAGAGCGCACUGCUGGUGGCCAUACAACGCGGAGACAUACGCCUCACACGAAUCCUGCUUGACGGAGCUCAUGGACCGUGCACUGUGCCAGUGGGCAACAUGACACCGCUCAUGGCAGCCGCCAUCGCUGGCGACCUUGAGAUCACCAAAAUGCUCCUGGAUAGAGGCCAUACCAUUCAGAAGCCACACGAACCUGGAUGUCGGUGCGCUGAGUCGUGCCGCGAGCAGGCCGCCCGUCACGGCGAGCGGCUCUCCCAGUCGCAGCUGCGGCGCAACGCCUUUCGCGCUCUCAGCAGCCCCGUGCACAUCCUGCUCACGUCGGACGACCCCGUGCUUACCGCGUUCACGCUGAGCCGAGAGCUGCGCGAGCUGGCACAGAGCGUGCCCGAGUUCCAGAAUGAGUACGAGGAGAUGGCCGAGAUGUGUUCGCGCUUUGCGGCUGCCAUCUUGGGAGCCUGCAAGAACACCGAGGAAGUGGAGACGGUGCUCUCGCAACCGGAGGGUUUCCCGACAAACAGGCCUUUCCGUUUUCCACGGCUCUCUCUCGCGAUCCUCCUCGACCAGAAGACCUUCGUAGGGCACGCGAACUGUCAACAAGUCCUGCGUUCUCUGUGGUACAAGGGUCUCCCAGGCUGGCCGGCCUGGUCCCCAGCUCGAAAGGCGGCCCACGUCGCUGGCCAAGCGCUGGCCACUCCCUUCUUGGGCGUGGCGUACAUCUUCACGCCCGAACCGAUGCGCGUGCUGAAGCCGCUGCGAGUGCCGCUGAAUCGCUUCGUCCACAGCUGCACCUCUUACGCUACCUUCCUGGUCCUGCUGACCAUCUCGCUCUUCUACGGUCGGCGCGACAGCCUCAAGCUUCGCGUGCUCUGGUCCGAGAUUCUCGUCGGUGUUUGGAUAGUCGGCUACGCGUGGGAGCUGGCACUCAGUGCCUGGGCGCUGGGUCCCCGCGUCUUUCUCAGUUCCUUGUGGGCCUUGUACGACGUCUGCAUGUUUGGCCUAUUCCUUGUAGCCGAGAUACUCUGGUUCAUCGUGUUCGUCUCUGCCCGCACGCUCCAGGAGAGCAUCGACCGUUCCCAGUGGCCGUGGUACCACCCAUACCUCAUUGGCGAGUCCCUCUACGCCAUCGCCACAGUGCUCGCCUUUUGUCGGCUGCUGCUAUGGUGCCAGAUCCUGCAGACGUUCGGACCUCUGACUGUUUCGCUGCUCUACAUGCUUCGUGACGUGGUGCGUUUCAUGCUGCUACUGGGAAUCGUCUACUUCGGUUUCGCAGUCGGCAUGAGCUCCAUCUACAAGAACUACGCCGGCAACGAGGCCACGCUGUCUAAUGGAACUACAUUGCACCAGCCGCCAAACUUUACGAGUCUUGGCCGUGCACUGAAGUACCUAUUCUGGGCCCUCUACGAGCUUGGAACACCAGAGAUUGCGGACAUUGUCGUCUCUGGAGACGCGACGCGACCGGGAGGCAAGAUCGUGACGCACAACUUCACCGAGUUCGUCGGAUACGCACUCUGGGGCCUAUACCACAUCGUGUCUGUCAUUGUUCUACUCAACGUGCUCAUCGCCAUGAUGACCGACAGUUUCCAAAGGGUCCAGGGCAACGCCUAUACGGAGUGGAUAUUCGCCCGAUCAUCGCAAUGGAUCUCGUACUUGGAUAUCAACGCCGGAGCACCACCUCCUCUCAACUUGUUCCCUACAGCGAGGUGCUUGCGCCUGUGCUACAAGAUGCACUUUGCCAAGAAAGGAAUGCGCAAAGGCAUCACGACAUCCAGUCGGCGCUCAUCUUGCUUCCACGACUGGGAGUUUGACGACGCCUGUGGCGCAGGUCGGCGCCUUUCAUACCAGGACCUGGUGGUCGCACUGAGCAGGCGUUAUCUUCAGCUGCGGGACAUCGCUGACCGCGAGCUGUACGACGUGAACAGGUCGUCGUCUCGCACGAACAGCCGCAUCGAGACGACGCUGUACGCGGACAGUGCGGAGCUACGUCGCCAGUCGGUCAUGCUGAGGAAUCCGUCCAGGGCCAGGCGUCAAUAGACGCGGAAGAAUCAAGCGAUCGCAGUGCACCAAGCCUCACCAAAACCUGACACUUGCGGUCAGGUCUGUGUUGCCCUGCCUUGCACAUUUUAUCGAAAAAGAAGUGGGUCAUUGCUAAGACGGUCCGACCACAUGGUCGGGGGAACAGGUUCGCCCAUGCGACCGUCAUGGUGGCGUAUGCCUGACGUUCUCGCGCCAGUCGAUUCCGAUUGGCUAACUAAAAUGGCGCAACCGGCAUGGUAGCCAAUGUCGUUCGCACGCGCAGCGUAUACAGUGGCGGAGUGGAGUUUUGCGAAGAGCAGUGAUGCUGGCCAAGCACUGACACGCCCAAGGCGAGGGCUCGAACAGUGAUGUUCUUUAGGAUUUACCAUUUGACCUCAGCCGAACGGUGCAGUGAUUCCUUUCUCGCUUCUCAGAAAGCGUUAAUCAGUGUGAGGGAUAUGUGGGCCGGUUUCCGCUGCAAAAUGCAGGUACCAACAAGGCGAUUUGAGUCGUGUUUCUGCACACUAAUGAAAAGUCUUCGCGAAUUGGGUUUGCUCCUCCGAUAUUUUUUCUGCCAUAGCCAUUUUCCCUGUUUAGCGUAGCGAACGAAAGAGAAAGAAUAAAUAUAUUUAUUGCAAGAAAGUCACCGGGAGGAGUCUUCAGUCCAGGACAUGUGACGGGGCUAGUUGGUGUCGACCCAUAAUAUAUUACAGGGCGCAUUUAUACAAAGAACAAAGAGGGAGCAACAAGCGAAGAGGAGCGCU